AUAGUUCUGACGUCUUUCAAGUUUCCUUCAUUCCAGUUUCUGGCUUUGGGUCAGAUGUUUUUUGGAAUUGUCAUAUUAUUCCUUGCAAAGACGUGUCGAUUGGUGGAGUUUCCUAAUUUAUCACGUGACACUUUCUCCAAGAUAUGGCCAUUACCACUAAUCUACAUUGGAAAUUUAAUGUUUGGUCUUGGAGGAACAAAAAAGCUGAGUUUACCAAUGUUCACUGUUUUGAGAAGAUUUUCUAUUUUGUUUACCAUGAUAGGAGAAUAUUUUGUUUUGGGUGUGAAGUCCCUGGUAUUGUUCAGCUCACUGUAUAUCUCAUGAUUCUUGGUGCUAUUGUUGCUGCAGGUUCUGAUCUCUCGUUUGAUUUAGUUGGCUAUAUUUUUAUAUUGUUGAAUAACAUAGCAACAGCAGCCAACGGUGUUUAUACGAGGAAGAAACUUGAUGCAAAGGAAUUAGGAAAAUAUGGUCUUCUUUACUACAAUUCACUGUUCAUGUUUUUACCAAUGCUUCUUUUUGCCACCUAUACAGAGGAACUUGAAAAAGGCAUGGCCUUUCCAAAUUGGUGGGAUCCGUUGUUUUUGUGCUGUUUUUUACUGUCUUGUUUCAUGGGCUUCAUCCUCAACUAUUCUAUCAUACUGUGUACAGCCAACAACUCCGCUCUCACGACCACCAUUGUCGGGGUCAUUAAGGUAAACUAUUCUAUCAUACUGUGUACAGCCAACAACUCCGCUCUCACGACCACCAUUGUCGGGGUCAUUAAGGUAAACUAUUCUAUCAUACUGUGUACAGCCAACAACUCCGCUCUCACGACCACUAUUGUCGGGGUCAUUAAGGUAAACUAUUCUAUCAUACUGUGUACAGCCAACAACUCCGCUCUCACGACCACCAUUGUCGGGGUCAUUAAGGUAAACUAUUCUAUCAUACUGUGUACAGCCAACAACUCCGCUCUCACGACCACCAUUGUCGGGGUCAUUAAGGUAAACUAUUCUAUCAUACUGUGUACAGCCAACAACUCCGCUCUCACGACCACCAUUGUCGGGGUCAUUAAGGUAAACUAUUCUAUCAUACUGUGUACAGCCAACAACUCCGCUCUCACGACCACCAUUGUCGGGGUCAUUACGGUAAACUAUUCUAUCAUACUGUGUACAGCCAACAACUCCGCUCUCACGACCACCAUUGUCGGGGUCAUUAAGGUAAACUAUUCUAUCAUACUGUGUACAGCCAACAACUCCGCUCUCACGACCACCAUUGUCGGGGUCAUUAAGGUAAACUAUUCUAUCAUACUGUGUACAGCCAACAACUCCGCUCUCACGACCACCAUUGUCGGGGUCAUUAAGGUAAACUAUUCUAUCAUACUGUGUACAGCCAACAACUCCGCUCUCACGACCACCAUUGUCGGGGUCAUUAAGGUAAACUAUUCUAUCAUACUGUGUACAGCCAACAACUCCGCUCUCACGACCACCAUUGUCGGGGUCAUUACGGGA